UAUCGGAUCCCAAUAGCUUCGUGUCUGCCCGUUCUCUUUCUUCGCAGAAUCAUUUUAACUCCUAAAUCGACAGAUCGAGAGCGAGAUGGGCGGCGGCGGCGGAGGUCACGGGAAGAGGGGGUACGUCCACCACGCCCCAAAGCGCUGGCAUGCCGUCACCGGAAAAGGCUUAUGCGCUGUCAUGUGGUUUUGGGUUCUAUACAGGGCUAAGCAAGAUGGUCCUGUAGUCUUGGGUUGGCGCCAUCCUUGGGAGGGACAUGAAGACCAUUCUCAUGGGCAUGGGGAUGGGCAUGAGGCUGCUCACUAGAGAAAAUCUGUGCAUGAUGAUGAAAAAUAACUUUCACCUCUUGAUGUAUGAUGGGUGAACCAGGUGUAACUGUAUCAUGAAAUUCUUCUGCUUGUAUUGUUUUUUCCUAGCUUUCUCUAUUGACAUACUGGGAACAAAUUUGAUGUGCUCGUUGCUGGUUUAAGCAUUUUGCGAUUCCUGAA